ACAAGAAGGAGCUGUCUUUUAUUGUAUUAGUGCUGUCGUUUUCUAUUACCAUACGUUUCUAUUUCUUUGUUUUGGGUUUAGUCACUUAAUGGGCAUCAAUCUCAUCGUAACUAUCAUCCUACAAUCUCUCUUUCUCCCCUCAAGAUUCUCCUCCCUCUGCUCUUCCUCUUCUUCUUCAAUCUUUACCCCAUGAAGAGGCUAGUGGUGCUAUUCCUUUUGCUUGUGACAGCAGCGGCAGCAAGCAAUGCGAUUGAACUCUAUAACGAUGAACAAGGCGAAUGCAAUUCCGAAAAGCAUUUAACUCCUCGCCCGCAUAGUGUUUCCAUAUUAGAAUUUGGUGCCGUUGGUGAUGGGAAAACUUUAAAUACGGUUGCUUUUCAAAAUGCGAUAUUUUAUCUUAAAUCUUUCACCGAUAAGGGUGGUGCUCAAUUGUAUGUACCCUCGGGAAAAUGGCUUACAGGAAGUUUUAACCUCACUAGCCAUCUCACACUUUUUCUUGAAAAAGAAGCCAUUAUUCUUGGAUCACAGGAUGUCGAUCAUUGGAAGGUUAUUGAUCCUUUACCUUCUUAUGGUCGCGGUAUUGAUCUCCCGGGUCAAAGAUACCGUAGUUUGAUCACCGGAGAAAAUCUUAACGAUGUGGUUAUUACAGGUGAUAAUGGAACCAUUGACGGGCAGGGUUCUAUAUGGUGGGAUUAUUUCAAUUCUAACACAUUGAAUUACAGCCGUCCUCAUAUUGUCGAGUUUAUCAACUCUAAGGACAUUGUCAUCUCGAAUAUAACUUUCUUAAAUCCGCCUGCAUAUACUAUUCAUCCUGCCUAUUGCAGCAACGUUCGUGUUCAAAAUAUAACUGCAUUGUCUCCUGCUGAAUCGCCUUACACAAGUGGCAUAGUUCCAGAUUCUUCGGAUAGUGUAUGCAUUGAAAAUAGCAACAUUACCUCGGGUCAUGAUGCGGUAUCUUUAAAAAGUGGUUGGGAUGAGUACGGGAUCGCAUACGGUAAGCCAACUACGAACGUGCACAUCAGAGGGGUUCGUCUUCAAUCUUUUACAGGCUCGGGUUUGUCUAUCGGGAGUGAAAUGUCGGGUGGGGUAUCGCAGAUACUGAUCGAAAACCUAAAACUGUAUGAUUCCAUGACCGGAAUCUCGUUCCUGACUUCAAAAGGCAGAGGCGGUUAUAUCAAAGACGUUUUUGUAUCGGAUAUCGACUUGAAAAACGUCAUUCUGGCAAUCCAAUUAACGGGUGAUUCUAACUCCCACCCGGAUGACAAAUACGACCCUGAAGCGUUACCUACUGUUAAAGAAAUCAGUUUUAAGAAUAUGGUCGGAAUGAAUAUCACAAAAGCCGGUGAAUUUCACGGUAUUCUUGAAUCUCCGUUUACUUCGAUCUGUCUUUCUAAUGUCUCAUUUGCGUUAAACCCGGCAACUUCGAGUUCGAGUUCAUCCUGGGUGUGUUCUAACGUCUCGGGUUUCUCGGAAAACGUGUCUCCGGCUCCUUGUCUUGAACUCCAAACAGCUCCUUUAAAUUCUUCGGUUUGCUUUUCGUUAUCAUACCCUAAAUCACAUAAUCUUGUUGCUGUCCUAUGAUUAUAAACAUUAAAUAUUCCAAAAAAAAAAAGUUAUCAUUUGUUGGUAGAACGCGCGUGUGCUGUUGAUUUUCAAGUCGAGUGAGAAAUCUUUAUGGUGAUACUAGUGGUGGGAUUCAAUUAUUGAAAGGAAGGGGUAUGCAUCAUCGAUGGAUUCUUUCGGCUCGUGGAGGUCUGGUUUGUGUACAGCCUUUUGUUCAUUUUCAUUUUCAUGUGUAAGAAAAGUUUUGUAGCGGCUUUCUUUUCUUAUACAACUUUCAUCAUUCAUCAUGUUAUAUCUUUCUUUUAAACUGCAUUGCGAAUGUAAAUUUCAUUAUUGGCUUUCGAGUUCAAGAUUGUUUAAUGUUAGCAGAAGUUGCAUAAAGCUUUUUAAAUUA